AUGUCGGUAGUCGAGGAGACCGUCGCGCAGCUCCUGUCUGUGCAUCUGGGGCUGGUGGACAUCAACAGUCUUCCAGAUGACAGCGUCCGUGACUUCCGAGACUUGUACCGUCUCCCCCUGCACUCUUUCCAGGACAAAUGCCAUCUCCUGAGCGCCGCCGAGGCCACCGGCUGCUCGGCUGUUAUACUUGACGUGCUCUUCUUUGUAUCGGAGACCAUGGCGCCUCCUUUGUUCCGCAAACAGCUGGUCGCGUUUCCGUUAUCACUAAAUCAGUGGGUCUACUAUUUGGUCGAACAGUGUAUGGUCACGAAUGAAACGGUAUCGCUCGGUGCACUGCGCGGACUACUGGACCUUUACGUCGGUACAAACCGGUAUCGAGAGCUCGCUGCCAUGCUCCUCUCGCUAAUUUUCUAUGAUAAAGAGCCCGAUCGAUCGCUUAAAGUGGCCGAUGAAGUACUGGAGAUUUCGAAGCUCUAUCGCCACCGGUUUCCAGCGGGUCUAAUGCAGUUGCUGGACGAGUACGUGACGCUGACCAAGCUGCAGCUUGAGACGGAAAUCGAGGACGUUCGUACCGCCCCGGAAGUGUGCACGAGACAAGCUUUUAUGGACAAGCGGUCUCGUGGCGUGAGUAACUUGCAGGCCAAUUGGCGGAUGCGGUCCGUGCGGUUGACAGAAAAGGAGAUUGCGUACUAUAAACACGAAGGCAAAUUGGACUGGUCGGGAAACAAAGCACUUCUUGUGGACAAGACGGAAAAAAGGAGCAAGAAGAAGGGAAGUUUGGUCCUGACGAGAGGGAUGCAGGUUGAUACGCUGGACUAUCGCGGGAAGUUUUCAGUACGUCCGAGUUGUGUCAGAAUUUGUGACGCAGCGGGAUCGGAACAGUUGAUCUUGGAUGCAUUCACGCCCGAGGGACAACGUCAGUGGGUGGCUGCAAUUACUUGCAAUGUGAAGCGUCUUGGUCUUGAUCCACGUUGGCUGGCGUUUCCACGAAGGUGCGUGCACCGCAUGACUGUGGGUGAAUUCCUACGCUACUCGAUGCUGUACCACGGCGACGCCAGCAAGUCCCACACACGUCAUAGCUCGUGUCAACCAGGACUGCUUCGCGAACGGUUUAAAAUUGAUCCGAAGCGCUAUUUAUUCUCGGCUCUCGUGACCUGUGCUUUGGUGCGUGACUGGAAGACGAUGGAGGCGCUCGUGCAGCCGCGUAGUGCCAAAUCGGCCAUCAUCUCAUUAUUUGUAGGCGGGAACAGUGGAAAAGUGUCAAGGGCUUCAGGUUCGGCAGUAUCAUCAGUGUGGAGCUCGACAUCCACUCCUGCCCCAUCUCCCUACUCUGUAUGGUCGGGCAGCAUUGACGCUGCGUCAUCCUCAGCAAAUCGGCCGUCCGCAUCAUUAAAUAGUGCUCCUUCUCGGCCUGUACCUGCGGGCAUGACCGAGGUUCAGGCAAUGGUUGACGCGAGUGCUAUCGGUUACGGAGCCAUCCUGGAUAUUGCCGAGCAACGAAAUGCCCCACCAAAUUUACUGGCGCUGUUGGAAUCGCUGCAUGAAAAGAAUAGUGCUAAACGGGAACGUUCCACCGGCUGGGCCUGUCGUCGAGACGUGGAUGCCAGCGAUGCUGCAUCUAUGAAAAUCACCAUUGACAUUCCAGAGAGUGUUCGUGUGGACACAAGCUGGGACUGA